AGGGGCUUUAAGGGGCGGGCCGGCCGACGGCUAGGGUCCUUCAGAGGAUUAGCGCAGGGUGGGCGCGCGCCUCAGGCCGCCAUUUCUUGGCGUCUCCAGAGGAGUCGCCCCCUGUUCAGUCGCUCUCGGGACCUCUACCCCCGCGUCGCCGGCUCUCCGCGUCGCCUUAGCCACCGCGCCUCCGUCCCCAGCCCAGUGACAAAAAUGCUGAGCUUCUUCCGUAGAACACUUGGGCGUCGGUCAAUGCGUAAACAUGCUGAGAAGGAACGACUCCGAGAAGCUCAGCGAGCUGCCACACACAUUCCUGCCGCUGGAGACUCUAAGUCCAUCAUCACAUGUCGGGUGUCUCUUCUGGAUGGUACUGAUGUUAGUGUGGACUUGCCGAAAAAAGCCAAAGGACAAGAGCUCUUUGAUCAGAUAAUGUACCAUUUGGACCUUAUUGAAAGUGACUAUUUUGGACUGAGAUUUAUGGAUUCUGCACAAGUAGCACACUGGCUAGAUGGUACCAAGAGCAUCAAAAAGCAAGUAAAAAUUGGUUCACCCUAUUGUCUGCAUCUUCGAGUUAAAUUUUAUUCCUCAGAACCAAAUAAUCUUCGUGAAGAGCUAACACGGUAUUUAUUUGUUCUUCAGUUAAAACAGGAUAUUCUCAGUGGAAAAUUAGAGUGUCCCUUUGAUACAGCAGUUCAGUUGGCAGCUUAUAAUCUGCAAGCUGAACUUGGUGACUAUGAUCUUGCUGAGCAUAGUCCUGAACUUGUAUCUGAGUUCAGGUUUGUGCCGAUUCAGACUGAAGAGAUGGAGCUGGCUAUUUUUGAGAAAUGGAAGGAAUACAGAGGUCAAACACCAGCACAAGCUGAAACCAAUUACCUGAAUAAAGCCAAAUGGUUAGAAAUGUAUGGGGUUGAUAUGCAUGUGGUCAAGGCUAGAGAUGGGAAUGACUAUAGCUUGGGACUGACUCCAACAGGAGUCCUUGUUUUCGAAGGAGAGACCAAAAUUGGCUUAUUUUUUUGGCCCAAGAUAACCAGAUUGGAUUUUAAGAAGAAUAAAUUAACCCUGGUGGUUGUAGAAGAUGAUGAUCAGGGCAAAGAGCAGGAACAUACAUUUGUCUUUCGAUUGGAUCAUCCAAAAGCAUGCAAACAUUUAUGGAAAUGUGCUGUGGAACAUCAUGCAUUCUUUCGUCUCCGGGGCCCGGUCCAAAAGAAUUCUCAUCGAUCGGGAUUUAUUCGACUAGGAUCACGAUUUAGAUAUAGUGGAAAAACUGAGUAUCAGACCACAAAAACCAAUAAACCAAGAAGAUCAACAUCCUUUGAAAGAAGACCCAGCAAACGAUACUCUAGACGAACUCUACAAAUGAAAGCAAGUACAGCAAAACCUGAAGAACUCAGUGUUCACAAUAAUGUUUCAACUCAGAGUAACGGCUCCCAACAGGCUUGGGGUGUGAGAUCUACUCUGCCUGGGAUUCCUUCUGUUCCCUCUGGUCCUGUGCUGGCAGAGAUAGAGAAUCUUCCAAGGAAUCCUGGAUUAGACCAGCAUGACAGGAAAUGCUUGCCUCUGAAUAUUGAUUUGCUAGAUAGUCCAGACUUAUUGGAAACAACCAUUGAUGAUGUAAUUGGGGCACCUGACACUCUGGAAAUACCGCAAGCACCAGAUGAAGUUAACAUAGUCACCAGGCAAACUGGAUUGGAAGGAACUAAAGAGGAAUGUGGGACAUUAAAAGAUGCCUCACAGAAGCUCAAACACCUUGAGAUGGAAAGCAGUCCAUUGCCGUCUUCACGUCCCAACAUGGAUGUCAACAUCAACAGCCAGGAGGAGGUGGUGAAGUUGACUGAAAAAUGUCUUAAUAAUGCCAUUGAGAGCCCAGGAUUGAAUGCCAGGAGAGUUCCUCCUAACUUGAAGAGUAACAUUUUGAAGGCCCAGGUAGAAGCAGUGCAUAAGGUUACAAGAGAAGAUAGCUUAUUAAGUCAUAAAAAUGCCAAUGUUCAGGAUGCUGCCACAAACAGUGCUGUAUUAAAUGAGAAUAAUGUGCCCUUCCCUGAAGAUUCUCUUGCUCUGAUGCAUACCACACCUGCAGCAAAUGGUUCUGUUCUUAAGGAUGCCACAGAUGAAUUGGAUGCCUUGCUUUUAUCUCUAACUGAGAAUCUAAUGGACCACACAGUCACACCUCAGGUAUCUUCAACAUCUAUGAUCACACCACGGUGGAUUGUACCACAGAGUGGCGUCCUUUCCAAUGGACUGGUAGGAAGUGGACCAUCCUUGGCAGGGAAAGCGGGACAUGGUAACAGAGAAGUAAUCUCGCUGAUUUCUCCCCCAGCACCAUUCUUGGUGGAUGCUGUGACCAGCUCUGUUCCAACGUUGGCGGAAGAAACCGUCUUGAAGCAGAAGUGUUUACUGACAACUGAGCUCUGAGGGAUUGGCUCCUUCUCACCUAUAACUGGAAUAUCCAGCACUCUGCAGCUGUCCGUCCUGGAAUCCAUUUCCACUGGAAUGUUCAGAUUCA